AUGUUUCAGUUCACAGCGCUAUCUGGCGCGCAGAGUACAUCUCGAGCAUCGCAGUCACUCCUUGAACUAGACGGAGGAGUCAAGAUUCUGGUUGACGUUGGAUGGGAUUCAAGAUUCGAUACUCGACAGCUGGCAGACUUAGAAAAGCACGUUUCAACCCUGUCUUUUAUCCUUCUUACUCAUGCCACGAUUUCGCAUCUUGGUGCUUAUGCGCAUUGCUGCAAGCACAUUCCAUUCUUUUCUCAAGUACCCGUCUAUGCUACGGUGCCAGUAGUCGACCUUGGCAGAACUACAUUGCAGGACUUGUAUUCUUCCACACCUGCUGCCGCGACGUUCAUACCUGCGACUGCUUCGCCUGAAGAUCAGACUGCCACGGAUGAUACCACGCGUUCGAACAUCCUCAUAGACGCGCCAACAGCGCAGGAGAUACACGAGUACUUCGCGGCCAUUACCCCUCUCAAAUAUUCUCAACCCACUCAACCGAAACCCUCGUAUUUCUCUGCACCCCUCGAAGGACUCAUACUCACAGCGUAUAAUGCUGGACAUACAUUGGGAGGGACGAUAUGGCACAUCCAACAAGGCAUGGAGUCCAUAGUUUACGCGGUGGACUGGCACCAAGCAAGAGAGAACGUCAUAGCUGGCGCAAGCUGGUUUGCAGGAGGUGGUGGAGCAGAAGUGAGCGAGGUCUUUAGAAACCCGACGGCCCUCAUCUGCAGCAGUGUGAAUGGUGACAAGGUCGCUAUGUCUGAUAGCAGGAAAGCAAGAGACGAGGCACUGAUCAGACACAUUCGAAGUGGUCUCAGCCAUCGAGGAUCGGUGCUUAUCCCCGUCGAUUCUAGCGCUCGCGUUCUCGAACUCUCGUACUUUCUCGAAAAAGUCUGGCAAGAAAGCACUGGAGACGAAGUUCUGAAGAACGCCAAAAUCUAUAUGGCAACCAAGUCGGGACAUGCAACUCUCAAGCAUGCUAAGAGCCUGCUGGAAUGGAUGGACGACAGCGUAGAGCGGUUCGAAGCCGACGACGAAGGGAACAGCAAGGAAGCCACUGCGAAGAGUCACAAAAGAUCGAGAAGCAAGCAAGCCAAUGGCACUUCAAAGACAUCGAGACCUUUUGAUUUCAGACAUAUCAAGAUCAUCGAGACGCAAAAGCGUUUGGACAAGAUUCUCAGUACUGAUGUCCCAAAGGUCAUCAUUGCUAGCGAUCUAUCAUUGGACUGGGGUCAUUCCAGAACAGCAUUGGAGAGCAUAGCUCCGAAACCUGAUAAUCUAGUCAUCCUUACCGAGAACAGCAGUCCUGGAAGCACAAAGCAUAGCUCGACGGCUUCUAUGUUGUGGCGAUGGCAUAUGGAACGCUUGAAUGGUGUAGCUAUCGAAAAGUCCGCCGAUGGCCAUCAAUUCGAACAAGUGCAUACUGGCAGAGAGCUUAUCAUGCGACAACCGAGCAGGAAACCUCUCGACGAGAACGAGCUGAUACGGUAUCAGCAGUAUAUCGCUACGCGGCAGCAAAUGAAGAAUUCUCUUAUUAGUGCUGAUGGUCGACAAUUAGCAGAGGUCGAAGAAGCUAUGGAGGGCGAGGAUGAGAGCUCCGAUGAGUCCGAAGACGAUGAAUAUCAGCAGCAAGGCCGGGUGCUAAACAUAUCCGCUGCUUUGACCCAGGGUAACAAGAACAAGGUUGCGAUCAGUGAUGAGGACCUUGGUGUAAGCAUUCUAUUGCGUAAGAAAGAUGUCUUCGACUUCGACGUCAGACAUAAGAAAGGACGGAACGCAGUCUUUCCCUACACUCACUCGAGGCGUCGCGGCGACGAAUUUGGUGAUUUCAUCAAGCCAGAGGAGUUCCUACGAGAGGAAGAACGUGAAGCGCAAGAGGCUAUGCUGGACGAAAAGAACAAUUUCACCCUCGGCCAAAAAAGGAAGUGGGCCGAGGAGAAGAAGCAGCCCACCAGAGCAGGAAAGAAGCAAAAGCAAGAAAACACUUCUGUAGCCGAUGGCGACUCUUCCGACGAUUCUGAGUCCGAUCAUGAGGAAGAGGCAGCGAAUCUACAGACUGAAAACCAACAAGGACCAGCUAAGGUCGUAUACGAAGAAACCCGUAUCGACUUUCAGGCCAAGCUUGCGUUCGUCGAUUUUGCAGGGUUGCACGACCAACGCAGUUUGCAGAUGUUGAUCCCUCUGAUCAAUCCGAAGAAGCUCAUUCUUAUUGGCGGCUCUGCAUCGGAAACUGCUGCCCUUGCCAAAGACUGUAAGGAUCUGCUAGGUAUGAAGGUGGUUGGCCCGGAAGGACAAUCUGGGGCUGAGAUAUACUCUCCUCAGAUUGGCGAUGUGAUUGACGCUAGCGUCGAUACAAAUGCAUGGACCGUCAAGCUAACCAGAGAUCUCGUCAAGCGAUUACAAUGGCAGAAUGUGAAGCAGCUCUCGAUUGUCACAGUGACUGGCCAGCUACGUAACGACAUUAAGCAGAACGUCGUCGCCGACGAGAAUAAUGCAAAGAAGAUGAAAUUGACGCAUGUCACCAACCCUGCAAACCAAAAAGAAGGUACUGAGGACGUCAGCAUUGAGACACAACCUGUACUCGAUGCCCUUUCUGCAAAUAUUGCUGCCUCAAUAAGAGCAGUGAACCAACCAAUACAUGUUGGUGACCUAAAAAUUCGACAGCUAUUAAAUCUCUUCAACCAGUCUGGUCAUUCUGCUGUGCUCAUGAUGGGAGGGACACUGAUUGUCGAUGGUACCGUUGCAGUACGCAAACUGCCAAAUGGUCAGGUCGUCGUCGAAGGGCCUCCAGUGAGAGCGACUGGAGGCGCAGGUGCAGACAGCUUCUCGGCUGUUAAGCGUGCAUUUCCAGGCCCUAUGGGUAUGAUGCCGUCACCGAUGGCACCAGCCACUGAUGCCUUUGGUAAGGUCCAAUACAAAUACGUGACUCCCGAUGGAAGCGUACCUAUGGAUGGAGCAGUUCCUUCAGCACCUGACGCACCUCCGAACCCAUUUGCAGGCACAUGCAUUCCGGGCGCAAUGCACCCGUUCGGUGGCCCUCCCAACCCAUUCGGACCACCACCGUGUCUGUUUGCACCUGCCGCACCUCAGCCGUGGUGGGCAGCUCCCCCUCCUCCACCCUACUGCGUGGCUCCUCCAGCUCCUCCAGCUGCACCAUCUACGCCAUCUUGGUCACCACCGCCCCCUCCACCACCAGUCUCCCAUGCGUUUGGUGCUUCAAAUGAAGAUCGUGAGGAGCCACUUGAGGGCAACAGAGUGAAGGGUCAGCUUGCCACCUUUCCUGACAGUUCCAGCGGCUAUAUCUUCCCUAAACGAAACGUUACUCUGCACCUCUUUGGCCAGAAUGUGAUCUCAAAAUAUCCUCCAGUCAAUAACGUGGUCAAUAUUCAAAAUGACAAAUUCAACGUCCAGCAUGCACCAUGCGAUAUGACUUUCGAAGAGUUGAUCGAACAGAUCAACUGUGAGAAGCGGGCCAACCACCAUCCUCCUUACAACCAGCCUGGCAAUGGUUACCCCAGACACUUGAUUGGCAUUCAGGAAUUACUGGAAAUGGGUGGUGGAGGACGAUUCAUGUUAGGGAGCAAGAUCAUGUUGACCGAUGCACAAGCAAAGAUGAGAAUUGGCGACAUCUGGCCUGACUCUGCAGGAAAUGCCGGACAGGGAAAGCCGAGAUAUGUUGUGCGAUUGCCAGUUUAA